AUGAGCAUCGUAAGACCAACGCUAACCUAUGGAGGUGAAGUAUGGCCGACAACAGUACGAAUCGAACAAAAACUCAGAAGUUUUGAGAAUAGAGUUUUAAGAACAAUAUGUGGACCGUUUUUUGAUACCGAAAUAAACAGGUGGCGUAGAAGAAAAAACAAGGAAAUAAGAGAAAUCACCAAAGUACCUCCCAUAACAAGUUAUAUAAAGGGACAGAGAAUACAAUGGUUCGGACACGCAAUGAGRCGAGAAGAAACAAAYGAAGUCAGAGCAGCUAUUGAAUACAAGCCAGCAGGCAAAAGACCCAGAGGCAGACCAAAGGAACGAUGGAUGGACGGAGUGCAACAAGAUCUAGAGAGGUUAGAAGUAACAGAGUGGGAGGAGAGGAUACAGGAUCGUGAUUAYUGGAGAAYAGUGACGGUGGCAGCCAAAACUCUUACAGAGUUGUGA